AUGGCCGACAAAUACAUCCCCGAGCACCGUCGCACGACGUUCAAGGCCAAGAGCGCUUUCAAGCCUGACGAGCUCCGCCGCCGCCGCGAGGAGCAGCAGGUCGAGAUCCGCAAGGCGAAGCGUGAAGAGAACCUCGCAAAGCGACGAGGUAUCGCCGGCCGCGACCAGCCCGGCGCUUCGCUCGGCGCCGCCCCCGACAGCGACGAUGAGGGCACCAAUAUCGAGGGCCAGUUGAACGAGGAGCUGCCGCAGAUGGUUAAGGGUGUCUUCUCCGAGCAGAUUGACGAGCAAAUCCAAGCCACCACCAAGUUCCGGAAGCUUCUGUCCAAGGAGCGCAACCCUCCCAUCGAGCGGGUCAUUGAGACCGGCGUCGUGAGCCGGUUCGUCGAGUUUCUCCGGUCGCCGCACACCCUCGUCCAGUUUGAGGCAGCAUGGGCACUCACCAACAUUGCCUCUGGUUCUGCCCAGCAGACGCAGGUUGUCAUCGAGGCCGGCGCCGUUCCUAUCUUCGUCGAGCUUCUCAGCAGCCAUGAGCCGGAUGUUCGAGAGCAGGCUGUUUGGGCGCUUGGAAACAUCGCCGGUGACAGCCCCCCUUGCCGUGACUUUGUCCUCCAGGCUGGCGCUCUCCGCCCGCUUAUCAACCUCCUCGGUGACAGCCGCAAGCUUAGCAUGCUGAGGAACGCUACGUGGACGCUAAGCAACUUCUGCCGUGGAAAGACGCCCCAGCCCGACUGGCAGACCAUCGCUCCCGCGCUUCCCGUUCUUGCUAAGUUGGUCUACUCUCUCGAUGAUGAGGUCCUCAUCGACGCGUGCUGGGCUAUCUCAUACCUUUCCGAUGGCGCAAACGACAAGAUCCAGGCUGUCAUCGAGGCUGGCAUUCCCCGUCGUCUUGUAGAGCUGCUGAUGCACGCCUCUACCUCCGUGCAAACCCCCGCGCUCCGAUCUGUCGGUAACAUUGUCACUGGCGACGACGUGCAGACUCAAGUCAUCAUCAACUGCGGCGCACUUCCUGCCCUUUUGUCUCUCCUCAGCUCCACUAAGGAUGGUAUCCGGAAAGAGGCUUGCUGGACUAUCUCUAACAUCACCGCUGGAAAUUCGACUCAGAUCCAGGCGGUCAUUGACGCAAACAUCAUCAAGCCGCUCAUACAUCUCCUCCAGAACGGCGACUUCAAGACCCGCAAGGAGGCUUGCUGGGCUAUCUCCAACGCCACAUCCGGCGGUCUCCAAAGGCCCGCUCAAAUUCGCUUCCUCGUUGAGAUGGGCUGCAUCAAGCCGUUGUGCGACCUGCUCGCAUGCCCUGACAACAAGAUUAUCCAGGUGGCUCUCGAUGGCCUUGAGAACAUCUUAAAGGUCGGUGAGAUGGACAAGGAGUCUGGCAACGAAGCUGGCGAGCCGAUCAAUCGUUAUGCUCUCUUCAUCGAAGAAGUCGGCGGUAUGGAGAAGAUUCACGACUGCCAGAACAACGCCAACGAGGAGAUCUACAUGAAGGCGUACAACAUCAUCGAAAAGUACUUUUCCGAUGAAGACGGCGACGCUGAAAACAUGGAGGGUGCCGGUCCCCAGGUCACCCAGGACGGUCACUUCGGUUUCGGGCAGCCGCAAGCACAGCAGCAGCAGAACUUCAACUUCGCCAACGGCGGUGACAUGGAGAUGUGA